AUGUCGGAGACUCCCGUACCUCUUACGCCCUCCGAGGCAGCGUCCGGUCUUCUAGGCUCGGUGUCUAUGACCUGUUGGAUUUUCUUGUUGGUUCCUCAACUGAUUGAAAACUACCGCAACGGAAAUGCCGAAGCAAUCUCCUUCCUCUUCGUUCUCGUUUGGUUCAUCGGUGAUAUCGCCAACCUCAUAGGCGGCGUACUAGCUGGCCUAGUACCCGUCAUUGUCGCCAUUGCUGUAUAUUUCUGCCUGGCGGAUGGUGUUCUCAUUGCGCAAUGUCUAUAUUAUAAAGCAAGGAACUCUCGCCCUGGCUCUGUGCACCGGCGCCGGCGCUCGUCGACCGAGACGCUUGAUCCCACAACCCCGCUGCUUGGUCGGCGGUUUAGCGAUUCGCUUGGGGGUUCUAAUGGGCGGCGGCGGUCCUCGGGCUCUUGCCGCGGGUACCAGGGUGUUGGACGCCGGGACAGCGAGGUUGAGGAUCCCUUGGCGAAGAUCGUGGAGGAGAGUGAGUAUGGGCGGAAGGCUUGGUUGAAGAACUGUGUUAGCGUGCUGGGCAUCUUCGUUGUUGGCAUGGCUGGUUGGACUAUUGCUUGGCAGACUGGCAUGUGGUCGCCGGCACCGGCGCCGCACAAUGAUGUGGGUGCGGCAGAUAUGGCUACUGGAGGGCAGAUUUUGGGAUACUUCAGUUCUGUUUGUUAUCUGGGAGCGAGAUUGCCUCAGAUCUACAAGAACUACUGCGACAAGUCAUGUGAAGGCUUGUCACUUUUGUUCUUCAUCCUUUCUCUCCUGGGUAACUUGACAUACGGCGCCGGGAUUCUGGCCCACUCGCUGGAACGAAAUUAUGUUAUGACCAACCUGCCCUGGUUGAUCGGAUCUUUGGGAACUAUGGCUGAAGAUGUGGUUAUCUUCGCCCAAUUCCGCAUCUAUGCUGCACAAGAACCUCUGUUGGCAGUGUCUUGA